CGAGGCUGCUUUGUUUUUUAACAUCAUAGCUAGUCUGCGCUGCCGACCUUGUGCUUGGAGAAACUCGCUGUUUGUUUUAAAAUACCUCAGUAGAUAAACUAAGGAAAUGGAGGCUAAUUCUUCAGCUAACAAGCAUCCACCUAGAAAUGGGCCGCAGUCCAAUCCAAAGAGAAAUUCCAGGAGAAAGCAGCCGCAGCAUUCUGCUGAUAUAGUGUUCUCCAAAGGGGCAACUAUCCAGACCCUGCCCGCUCUCAGCAAACAGUUGAAGGGGCUCACAGAGUGUGUCAUUGGUCUUCAGUAUGUGUGGGAGUACCGUAGCCCCAGUAAAUCUGUCCCACCACACUACCAGUGCAAACUCUGUGCCGUCUCCCGCUUGCAGCAUGAUAUGCUUGCCCAUGUGAAAGGCUGGAAACACAGCUUCAGAUAUUUGAAAAAGGUGCACCCUAACAAGGUAACCCAUGAAGAGGAAGAGGCCAUCAGGGACCCUGCUGUAAGAAAAACCAUUAAAGAAGUUUCAGCCGAGGUGGAGAAGACUGAGGGAAGAGGACAAAUCAAGGUCAUUCUGAAGGAGCCAUAUGAAGUUCUUGCUUUUAAGGGACUCCGUUCUGCAGCUCCUAAAGCUACGGCUCCACUUGUGCCAGGGAUGGGACCUAAGGGACCGCCACCCUAUGGUCCCUCAGGACCCAGGUUCUCCGACUCAAGGUUUUCAGGGGAGUUUCCUCCUCAGCGAGGACUUCUCUCUGACUAUCCAGGGGCAGAGUAUGGGGAGCCCGGCUUUGGAGGCUACGAUUACCCGACCAGACAAGAGUCCCUCGGCUCGGGUAUGGAUCAAAGACCUUACCCAGAUGGUAUGGGUCAUCGUCCAGCUGGGAUCAGAGACAGUUUUGGAUCAGGUGGUGGAAAAGGUGGCUAUGGAAGGGGUGGAUUGCUGGAGGACCCGGUCAGUAUGUAUCCUGAUGAGUACCAUGGCAACCAAAUGCGGAGGAGCCAGAUGAACAGACCAAUGGACAAGGCACUGGAGAGACCAGGCUUGAUGGGAGCUGCUCCAGAAACUAGCAACCUUCCUAAUACACUCCUCACUUACCUGGAUACUUUCCGGAUAGAGAAUGAGAGUGACGCACAGCUGGUGCUGAAGGUGACACAGAAACUGACAGAUGUGCUGAUGGACUACAGACUGAGGAGCGUAUCGUCGGGUUCUAGUCUGAACAGCUUCUCCAUGAACUCCACAGGUUUCUCCUCUGAAACCCCCAAAUUGAUGGGCAGUAGCGAUCCAUUCUCAGGUCCAUCCAGGUACUCUACGGGACCCAAGUAUUACAAAUGAAAAUCACAAGCAAUCCAUUGAUCAUCUUAUGCCUCGCUCCUAUGUGCGCAUCGAUUAUGACCGGGCAAAAUUUGAAAAUGUCGAUUUCAUAAUUUCUUUUUUUACACUGAUGCUUUUAGGCAUAUUUUUUGUUGCUACUUAGUGGUCUUCCUUUUUUAAUGUUUGUAUCUAUUUUAGAAUAUGUAAAGAUUAAAGACUUGGGAAGUAAAACAAACUACAUGUGUUCACCAGUUGUAACUCAACAUAAGUGUAUGCCUAUUCUUUAUUUUCCAAGACCCUGUUCUAUUAAAAUGAAUGAAGGAAAUUA